UGAGCCAAAGUCGCGGUGCUGUGCCAUCAGAAAAUGUAUUUUUCAUAGUCGCGCGACCUCUUUUGUUAUACUUUUCAUGCAUGCGACAGUGUGAUACGGAUUCGGGACGCGUUAGACGGUGCACGGUACAUGUAAAUAUGAAUGUGUCGAGGCGCAACAUUAUUUCGAAGGUGACACCCCGCAACUCGGUGUGGUGUUCGAGUACGUAUGGCAGAGACUAGAAUUCGAGAUAAGGAAGCUCUGCUUCGCCCGACUGUUACGUACAUUCGACCAAAAUUACCACCACGAAGUAGCGAUGCGGUGGUUACCCCUCCCGAACUGUGAAAAUAAAUGUGCAAAAUUCAAAAACUUUAUCAAUCGUUCUAACUUGUGAUCGUAUAUGCGUGCCAAACAAAGAUAUAUAAAAGGGCGUUGAAGAGACCCAAUGGUUUCCUGACACGAUGGAAAGUAAACUAUAUGUGAAAAAUGAGCCGGGACUUGACGGGCAAUCGCUUACAAAUCCACAACCAAAUCCAUCCUCCGAUGAUAACGGAGGUGCUAGGGUUUGUUUUGUUUGUGGUACAGUGGGCCACGGAGAGCAAUACUGGCUCAGAGUAAAACCGAGUCCAGGCGGAGCACCAAACGAACCUUACUUCCCCUUUCUCGAAUCCCAUGAACCACCCGCUGGUUACCGUGGCGAAGGCGCUAGAGGCGGAGCUAUCAAGGCAUGCAGUCUUUGCUAUUCCUUACUCUUACAACAGUGGGAAAGUUACGAGCUGGAUGCUAGGCCUCAUAGUCAACGAAUUUAUUGGUUGAAAAGAUGCGAUGGUGGCCCUUUCACCGGGGCCGAGAUGAAUCUGCAGGGCGAGUAUGUGGCGCAAGUUCUUGGCUUAACUAACGAGCAGACACCGCAGCUUAGACCAGAAAAUCGGCCGGUCGGAAUCUCUCCGCGGCUUCCACCAAACUCACCAUCCCCGAAAGUGGAGCAAACAAGGCCACCGUCAAAUUCUAUCGAACUGCCGAGACCACAUUCGAACAUGGCAGAAACGCACAGACAUUUAGAACAAGCAAGGCUUACAAUGGAAUCACCCCAUCAAAGACUGCAAUCGCCGCAUCAAAGGUUACAAAGUCCACGACAGCCUGUAGAAGAUACAAGAGUAUCUAAUGAAGCUGCAUUAGAUUUAAGACACGCACCUAGAAGUUCACCCGCACCGCAACCAACUCUACUGCCGCAACCAACUUUACUGCCACAACCUCAACCCAUUUACAGCGGUGGAUCCUCGUCAAGCGUCGGCACUGAUAUCUUAGACCUUUCGAUGCCAGAUAAAAAUUCAGUUACGGAAGUCUGUUACGUAUGUGGGGAUGAAUACAAAAGAGGGUCACUUAGUCAUAUUGCGGCAAAACCACUGCCAACUCCGCCACAUCCUUCUGCCAGUCCUCCGCCAUUUUUUCCCUCGCUGAUGCUUCAUCCAAGGCCAAGUAGAAGUCGACCCAUGGACAGUGCUGGUCGUGUACAGGCUUGUUCGGCGUGUCAGAAUCACCUUCUGGCACAAUGGACGGGAUACACUUUACGGGGAGUACCGCACGGCGACCGGAACUACACGCUCCGUAAACGACAAGCACCUGCGAUGGACACGACUACCUUCAUCUGUUAUACUUGCGCGCUCGAGUACCCUUCCUCCAGUAUUAGACUUCUCUAUUGCUGUCCUAAUCCAGAGAAGGAGGCGUACUAUCCUUUUAUUUAUUCUCUGAGACCUCCGCAAGGAGCUAGUCCCAUAAGUCCUCAGGGGAUGGUGCAAGUUUGCUCCAUUUGUUACAAAGCUAUACCACAAAAGCAGCAAGUAUUCGGUGGGGAGAAUCACGAGGGCCAACCCUCGGUGCAGAGCGUGGAUUUUCGUCAACAAGGCCCGUCGCCACGGCCCGCGGUGGCGAAGUCUCCAGCCAAUUCUGCUGGUAGCGAUAUUCGUUUCAAGCCAUACGAUUUAAAUAAAUCGACCGUUGCUACGAAUAAGCAACGCAGCGCAUCGGUGAAAAGUACCACGCCUGGCCAACGAAAUUCUCCGAACAACGGUCCUGCUGAAAAUGGAACUGUUGCUCUCGGCCAGAACUAUAGGUGCUACAUUUGCGAAAGACUGUACCCACGCACUCAUAUGGAAUGGUUGUCUACGAGCCCGGAAGGAAUGAAUUCGCACGCUAUGCAUUUUCCUUGUUUGAGGGGAAUGGCACGCACUUCCGAGAAUGCCUGUAUGGAUAGUCACGGCAGAGUAUUGGCUUGUAGUCACUGUGUGAAUCAUCUUGCCCAACAAUGGGAAAACAUGGACGCUGAACGAGUUCCUUUAGAACGUCGCAAGUACGAUAUUCCUAGUCCGCAUCCAAACGGUGAAGUGAACCGGUCGAUCGCUACACCGCCGAGUUCCAGUUCCGACCGAACGUUUGGUAGCAAUCCAGGCACAUCGAGCAGUUCUAUCUAUUGUUUCCUGUGUGGCUUGCAUAGUGAUUUGACUCUCGCGAGAGUAUUGUACGGCCGGCCACAGGGUCGCAACGCUCCAUUUUUCCCUGAAUUAUUGCAUCAUCAGUCUCCACCGAAUGCCGAGCAACUCAGGGAGGAUGGUUCCGCUCUUGUGUGCACGUUCUGUUAUCAUUCUCUUUUGGCGCAAUGGCGUCGAUACGAAUCUCUUCCUAGCGACCAGCAAGUGAACGCCGCGGAAAGACAGUACAACACCCACGAUUAUUGCUGUUACGUUUGUGGUAUCACGACAUAUAGAAAACGAGUGCGAGCGUUGCUUGUGAAAGAUUUUCCCUUCUUGAGGUAUCACAAACAGCCGGAGAAGAGUCUGCUGUUGGAGAACGGGGAUUUUGCCGUGGUUUGUUUGGACUGUUAUGAAACAUUACGUACCCAGAGUCUCGAAUACGAACGAUGGGGCUUACCUGUCGAAAAACGCGAGUAUAAUUGGAUAGUGCAACCUCCGCCGCCGGAAGACAGCCCCGAUGCAGCCAUCGCCAGAUUACCGUCCGGCGAAAGAUCGGAGAAGGUGGUUCCAUCGACGCUAACCGUUAGACCAGCGCGAAAAAAUUGUUCACCGAAGGCACCGGACAAGAAGGGCCCGACGAAGGUCCCGGAAAAAGAACAAGGUCUCCAGCCUGCCAGCACCAAAGCGCAACCCACCACGGCCAGCAAGUCUCACAGACCCAGUUCCGGUGUUUUACCUCAGGGUCAUACCCCUGGCCCCGGUCCAGGUGCUCAGCAGAACAGCAGAAGCUUCGCCGCCGCUCUAAGGAACCUGGCUAAGCAGGCAGGCCCAGCACCUCAGGAAGAAGAGCCCCGCGCGAGUCCCAAGAAUCGAGCACCGCCUCCUCUGGUCAGAGGUCCUUCCCCUGCCAGGGAACGAUCCACCCACGAGAGAAGACCAGAAGAGACUCCCUCCUUGUACACGACCGCCAGGCCAGCGGACACCAGCAACCACAGCGUAACAGCCGCAGCUUCCGAAUUGCUGGCGCGUUCUGGCUUUCAGCCGUACCGGCCCGAGCAUCAUCCGGCUCAUGCUCCGCCGGCCUUUGCCUUGGACCCUGCGGCCUACAGUCACUACCACCACGGUCUCUAUCCACCGCCACACCUCCAACACGCUUAUAGAUUAGAGGAACAGUUGUAUUUGGAACGGUGUGGAAUGCUGAGACAGCCGUUGUUUCCCGGGCUACCAUCGUACCCCCUGUACGGGCUACGAUAUAAUCCGGACAUGCUACCACCGGCAUCCCUCGGACUCAUGUCUCCCGUGAUACACGAGAGACUGAAACUGGAGGAGGAGCAUCGCCUAAGGCAGGCACGGGAACAAGCUGCACUGCGGGAGGGGGAGGAGAGGAGAAGAGCGGCACGAAAUUCAACCCCCGCCGCCCCGGUACCAGCGCCAACACCUGCAUCCGCUGAUACUGCAGCUAGGAAGCCGACCAUAGCGGUUCAGAUGCAUAGCGACCGGGAGCGAGAACGCGAGAACAGAGAUCGGCCGAGCGGUAGCGGGAGCAGCGGUAGCAACAACACCAGCACCGCCAACAACAACGGUAACAAUAGCGUCGGAUCGGUCGGCAACAGUCACCAUCAGUCCAGAAAGGAGGAUCAGUCCUCCGGGCAGCCGCCACAGCCAACCGCGCAGCCACAAUCGUCGGAUCCAACAGGAACACCGAGCAUCUAUCAUUCCCGUUUGCCAGGCUACCCGAAUCCAGCUGCUCCCAUCGGGCCACCGCCGUCCCUGGCCACUGCCUCUAUCUGUUCCGUGAGCUCAGCCGCCAUGCCGCCUCCUUUGGCUUCUACCUUGCCCCCUCUGAACCUUGGACCUCCGCCAGCCAUAAGCUCAGCGCCUAUCGGCCCUCCGCCUAUACCUUCUAUAGCCUCUAUGUCAUCCCUAACGCCGGCCGUAAUAGGACCGCCGCCUCCACCUCCGCCCUUGAGUAUGCCUCUGGCGCCUAUCAUUUCUAUACCCUCCCUACAUCUGCCUCCCGUACCCUCCACCACCAUUCAUUCUAGUCAGCAUACAGCUACGAUAAUGAGCAGCGCGACAACCACCGUUACGACCUCCAUAUACCAUCAGCAGCAACAGCAAGUGCAACAGUCGCAACCAGCGCCGCCCCCGCCGCCGUCGUCGUCGCAGCAUCAGCAACGGAGCAGCAGCGCGAGCGGCACGACGACGACCAGCUCGUUGUCGAGCAACGGCACGAUAACCACCCACGCGACGCACAGCCUGACCACGCCCAACGCCGUUCCCUCGACCAUGAGCAGCGUCACCCACAUGACCCUGACCCACAAAUCGCCGCCGUUGUCCCACGGCGUCCACGCGUCCAGAAGCAAAGACGCGAUCACGAUACCGACGAGCACGACGGCGAACGCCUCGACCACGACCACCACGACGACCGCCGCGACGACGGUCGCGUCACAACCGGCCUUCGUCAGACCGUUCGAAGAUUCCUUUCGUUCCACGUCGAAACCCCAACAGAGGCCGAUCGUGAACAGCCAUAAUCACAGCAUAACGAGUCAGCUCUCCCAUCCGGAAUCGCCUAUAAAGUCGCCCGCGACCACCUCGAACGCGUCCCAGCCGAUCGGUCAGAUGAUACCCGACAACUCCACCGCGGACAACACGAAGAUCAGUCUUCAGCAGUCGCUCUCGCAGCCUAUACCGUACCCGCCCCAGCAGUUCCAUCAUCCUCAUAUACCCGUCUCGCACGUACCUGGCCUGUACAAACCGCCCCACUUCUCCUCCACGUCACCCCAUCAGCAUCAUUCCCAACCGAAGAUCAGCGUCCCGACGUUAACGACCACCAGCGGCGGUAGCUGCGGCAACAGCGGCACGAACGUGACCAACUCGAUCUGCACGAAGCAGCAGAGCUCGCAUCACGCCAGCGAGACCAGCCAGCAGCAGGCGAUAGCGACGUCCCAACGAAACGAGAACACAGCGUCGAGCGCGGUGAAUUGCAUAGCCGCGGAGAAAACGACGGUGAACGCGAGCUACAACAGCAACAGCCUGAUCUCGAACGGCGGGAACAAGAUAACGAAUCACGCGAACGCCCAUCACAAGAGCAACGCGGACACGACGACGGCCAAGGAUGGGAAACCGAGCUCGUGCAACGAGAAAGUCGAGAACCACGCGAAGCAGCCAACGGCGAGUCAGAAUCAUUCGGGGAAGAGCACGGUGCAAGACAAGCCGUUGACCGCUCAUACGACCUACGAGCAAGGGAAAGGUCCGCCCUUUCAGCCGAUUGGUUUCAAUCUGGCCGAGAAGGAGAUCAAGACCGAGGUAGAGUCCAAUCUAACGAACGAUCAGAGUAACGUUUUGUCCACAUUAUCGUUUCAACCGAGUUUUAAGUUUAGCAUAAACGACAUCGCGCAAAAACCGAUAGACACCACUCAGCUGAUGCAGAGCAUCAAGUCCGAGGAAGUAUUGCGCACCUGUCAGAACGUGUCGAACGUUCUAUUGCAGAUACCAAAAUACCAGGAGAAACUGUUGAAUUUCUCGACAGAGCUGAAAACCGCCGCAUUUUGUUUCACCGACAAGUGCAAUAAUUUGACUGAGAUUUCCGUGAAGUGCGAGCCAGCGGUGUUGAACGUGCCUGACCUGAGCAAGGCUCUAGUCAAACAGGAUGUCACUGGCGACAAGUCUUUUCUUGUACCUGAGAAACCGAAAGAGCUGACGUCCUCGUUAGAUCUAGCCGAGAGGAGGAGGAAACGGAAACGCGAGAGGAACGCGAGCCUCGCGUGCAGUUCCGAUUCCGAAGGCGACGACGAUAUCAAGGACAUGGAUCUAUGGAUCACCAAAGGUCCGCCGGCCAAGUUACAGUAUUCAGAAAAAAAGUUGGCUUUCCUCGCCAUGUUCGGCCUGACCACCUUGAGCAGGAGAAACGAGAUAGAGCUUUGCAAAGUGGAAAAGAGAUACAGAUUAAAUCCCGAUCCACCAGACGUACCUUUGGAACCGGAACCAGUAAUCGAAUCUGUAUUGCCGAUACCGCGUGACCAUCCGGACGUGUUACUUCACGCGCCAGACUUUGAGCCGAAAGUUGGUUUCCUCAGGACCAUUGGUCUCGAUGUGAUGCCUCCCACUAGAAGAGACGAGGCAGAGGUAACGUGGCAGUACGUGCUGCAGGAUCGUAAGAAACGGAGAAGCACGAACUCCGUGACCGCGUACUGCGAGAAGAUCGCCAAGAUUUAUUCGAGCAGUCCUCCGUCGUUACCGAAACCAACGCAAAAGAUGAGGCUAUUGGACAAGGUAAAAGUGAAGCAUGUUCCAGAACGGCCACCGCCUCUGCCGCCUUUGGUUCCAAGCAUUUUCUCCAUGUGUUAUCCUGCAUUGCCCAUGCCCGGCGAGAACGGCGUGAAACAGCACUGCAAGGUGGUGGAUAUUAAGAUCGUGGACGAGAACGCCGACGAGAACGUCGCUGGUAGAAGGGAAAGAUCUAAAUGGGCCGGGAUCGAGGACAUCAUGUUCGCGUAUAGAGAAUAUUCCAAAGAGAAAGCAUUGGAGAAGAAAAUUUUGACGAGCGAGACAUCAAAACUGGUGGCGCAGUCGAACAACUUGCGUUCCGAGACGAUCCAACUGGAACGAAGGAUAUACGAACUCUUAUCCGCUAGAACGGCUCUCGAUUCGGAGAGGCGAGUGCUCGGUGAAAAAAUUGAAAGGAUUAACGCACUUGUUAGGAACCUUAGGUAGCGACGCGCAACGCACAACACGGAAACUCAUUCAUCUGUGAUAUUAUCAAAGGGUUAAGGGUCGUUAGCGUACAGUACCGAGUAUAAAACCUCUUACGACACUCGGGGCAAGCGAACGAUCGCGUGGGAAGUUUUAUUGACCAAAUGUACAGCAGCCUUUUUCGUAUUGUUUUGCGACUAAAUAUAUACAUGUUAUACAAAACACGAAACACAAUAACAGCAAUUUCCGUGCGACUGUUCAAAGGGUCGCCCGGAACCAUCUUUAUAUUUCAUGAAACGAGAAACUGUUUAGGAUGUUGUUGUAACGAUGAAAGCCAUAUCAGCAGUAUGAGAACACGUGUAAGAUUGAUUGUACAAAAACGAAAUUAUACUGAAAUAUAUGUAUGCACUUCUUAGUUGUCUACAGAAGUGGCUAAUAAAGAUUUUAUAGUUUCAACUAACGGCUCUUAGACCCUGAACUAUAAAUAAUUGUAAUUUGUAUCAUAAUAUUUUAAUGAGAAAUAGACAAAUCGUAUAACUUAUUUUAUUCUGCGUAAUGUGGACUUUAAUGUCAAGACAACUUGAAACAAUGAUAUGGCGCAAUUUGUAUAUGAGUCGAUCGUUGAUAUUAAUCGAUAUAAAUGAGAGGACGAGAGGAUCGACGUUCACCGAAUCGGUUCAGUGAUGAUCGAGAAAAAAAAAAAAAAAAAGUUACUCCGAUAUAUAGACUGUGAGAUUUUUCUUUUCUUUUUUCGUUUUGCAUCGUGAUACUCGAUGGUGUAUGUAAGCUCUGUGUUGACGCGAAUUUCGAAGCACAUUUAAAACGUACCACAGGCUGCGAUUGCGAUUAAUCGGGGGAUACAAGGAAAAAGAAUCGAGACGGUAGACUUGUAACAAUUAUUUUUAACUUAAAGGAUGUUUCGAGAUAGAAAUAACUCUAGUCUACGGACAUUCGUAGAAUACGGGAAAAAAUCACUUCUGAUUCCGAGAGAUCAGAGCAGUGAUCGAUCCUUCCUUUCGAUGUCCACUGUUCACGAAUAGUGAACGCGAAGGCCAGUGAAUGCAAGAAAGAAAAAAAAGAAAAAAAAUUAAUGUAACAACAGCAGUGAGGUACUUACAGUAUAGGUAAAGUGACUUAAUUUAAACGAAAACGUUGAAACAUCGCGCGAGCACAUUCCACGUGAAAAUAUGCUUGUUACCCGACCUCCAACAUUCCAACACGUUCGAACCGUAAUCGAAUCGCAAAGAAACAGUAAUCGAAUGCGAAUAAAAUUCGUUUCGUUGAAGACAAAAUUUUGUUUUUUUUUACAUACAACUGAAUCAUAGCUGUACUAAUUUUUGAGUAUCCUUGUACUUGUAUCUCACUCUGCUCUCUGAGUGCAUCGUUCAAUUAUACGUCGUAACACCUGCAGUAUGUAUAAUAGGAAAACCAUUUAUAAUUUCAUCGUUUUGUUCAUUGAGUGCCUAACGUUAUCCUACAUUUGUAAAUAUCAUUAUUUUUAUGUAUUGUGUAACAAGAAGAGACCACAAAAUAUUUGUUGGUCCCGAUCUGGCCAAAACAAGAGCC